AUGGCCAACACCAAGAAUGACGCUGACACUCCUAAGACCAGUGCUGUCAAGAAGUGGAGUCCCGAUGCUGAACGAGAUCUUUGUCUUGCCAUGCUCAUGAGCAACAACGGCGAGAUCGGCAAAGUCUCUCCCGACUGGAACACGACCCACAGCUUCAUGAUUGCCAUGGGGUAUGAGUUUACCAAGGACGCAAUGAACCAGCGAUGGAGCAAGACCCUCCUGAAGGACUUCAGAGCUCGCCACAAAGACUCCGAGUUUGCUGCCUCCCCCUCCACCAAGAAGACUCCCACCAAGCGCAAGAAGGCUGCCGACGCCGCCGCCGCCGCCGAGGCUGAGGCCGCCACUGACGAGGCGCUCACCGAAGAGGUCGCGGCAGUCGCCGCCGCUACACCUCCCGCAACACCUACCAAGGGCCGCAAGCGCGCUCCCGCCAAGCCCAAGGCUGCUGCUGGCCCUGCCAAGCCCCGUGGACGCAAGCCCAAGUCUGCCGAGACUGUCAAGGCCGAGGAGGAGGAGGAAGAGGAGCCCGCUCCAGCCAAGGCCGCGGCCGUGAAGAAGGAGCCCAAGGCAGACGUCAAGGACGAGGACACCGAAGAGGCUGCGCAGGACCAGCCCAGCCCUGCCAAGAAGGCCAAGGCCGAGCCCAAGGAGGAGGACACUGAGAUGGCUGAUGAGGCCUAA